AUGGACGAACUUCUUCGCCCUGUCAGCAGGACGUAUGUGAAAUCCGAAGUCACCGAGGAAACUCUUCUCCAGAAAGUCCAGGCAUCAUCCAGGCCGGCAUCGACACCGAAGUUCAAGCCAGCGUCUCUUCAGGACAUUGUGGAGGCCUUGAACCACGAACCUGACUAUGAUACUUUAACAUCAGCUUUGGGAUUUGUCAUCAAAGGAGGGCCAGCGGGUGAGCAUUUCAACAUUGGAGCUCCAGGACCUGAGGCCGCCAGGAUCAUCCAGAUCUUGGUCACCGAGAUCGUACCAAAUUACUGGGCCGUAAUUAAAGAGCCAUCUUCGGAGGGUGAGGCUUCAGAUCUGGCACUCUUACUGGACAGUCUACGGAAUCUUGCGGGUCUCAAUGCCAUCUUGCUACGGUUGCGAACUCUCGCUCAAGAGCAGAAGUCGCAGGCGACAGAGGUCAAACGCUCGGGUGUGCUGUUGAACCUGAGGAUCACCCUAGAGCUGCUGUGUGCGAUAUUAGGAGGCAACGACAGUCUAUCACGUUUAUGGGCCAAUACGUCGGCAACAGCAGACGACGUGAAGCAACGCAUUCUAUCAAGGGACUUUGUCAAUGUCAUCGCUGGUGGCCGUACCAUCUCUUUCUCUGCUGAAGCUGAAUCCCUCAUCUCGCAAGAGAACAAGGGCGAGAGCGUUUGGGUUUCCGACGGAAUUGAGUAUACGAAGUGGCUUACCCGUAACAUCAUCUCGUGGUCAAAACAAGCAGAGGGUCCCGUGGAGAAGAAGUUAUUGGCAGAGUUGCUGUCGAAGGCGCUGCGCCUGGGAUAUUCUGAUAUUGGAGUUCAGCUUCUACUUGCAGAUUUAGUCAACAACUCUGGAGAAGCCCAGCAUAUCUCUGACCUGUUUGGCGGCCUCGCAAAUACGGAACAACGGACUCUGCUCUUCAGCAUUUUGAAGAUCAUCGCAGACGUCCACCUCAACUCACUAAAUGGCAGCAAUUCAUCUGAAGAGCAGACAAUGAUAUCAGCAGCUGCUGGUAUCAUCAAGUCACUCGUCGCGGAUGAUACGAAAUAUCUGUCUCAUUUGGUCACAUGGCUGACCAGUGCCAACGGGGCCGGACUUGGUGACACAGUCGGUAUUCGACGUGCAGUUCUGGCUGUUCUUUCAUCAGACAGAGACAGCAUUGCGACUGUCUUCGAAAAGAGCCUCAACCAGUUUGGAGAUUACCUGUACAUCAGACAUACCCCAGUUCUGCAGCAAGAAGUGCAUGCGCAAGUGCUUCUUCUGAGCGCUGGAUACCUCCAAAGGCUAGCAUCGGUCAAGGUAUCCCUGAUCGUAAGAUCAGGCUCGUUCAUGAAUAUGGUUUCCAAGAGAUUGGAAGCAUCUCAAACCCGCGCCCGCUUGCUAGGGAUGAUUGUUGGAGAGGCACUUUCAAAGCUGGCGCACAAGGACGACAAGAAACUCAAUUUCAACAUGGAGGAGACGACCUCGGAAGAAGCGCUCUGGUACAAGGGCUUGGUAGAUACAUCGGAUGUUGUUGGCCCCGUUCAGCCCUUGGCUUCGGUACAAAGCCCGACCGAGAUCGCUCGGCCAGAGACCACACCACCUGCUCGGAAGCCCAAACCAGCGCCGACUCCAGCACCAUCUACCAGCAAGGCGAAAGCCAUUAUUGAAGAGGUGGAAUCAGACGAGGAAGAGGAUGACGAUAUCGUACCCCUAACGAAACCGGACGACGACGAGGUUGACUCCGAUGACGAUCCGGAAACAGUACGACGAGACAAGCCGAAGGCACCCGUGUACAUCAGAAACCUUAUCACAUAUCUUCGGGACACUGAAGGCUAUGAUCACCAAAAGCUGGCCCUGACGACGGCACCGACCUUGAUCAGGCGGAAGGCGAACUUUGGAACCGAGGUGAAGGAGCAUGCUGAAGAGCUUGCCUCGCUUUUAGUCGGUAUUCAGGACAAAUUCGACCUCGAGAACUUCUACGACCUGAAGCUGCAGGGGAUGAUUGCCAUACUGGUAGCCCAGCCCCAAUCUAUGGGCCCGUGGUUCGCCCGGACUUUCUUCAGCGGAGACUACUCGGUGGCCCAGAGAGCCUCAGUACUUACCGUCCUGGGCCUGAGCGCCCGCGAGAUCUCAGGCUACGCGAUUUCUGAGUACACGGCAGCGGCAUCGUUUCCAUCUCAGACGCUACCUGAUAGGAUGGAGAAGCUGUACGUGGAGCAUGCGGCCACGAGAAAUCAACUUGCCUCGUCAUCAUCUCUCAAGGCACUGCCGCCCAAUGCUUUGGACACCAUAUCAAAAUCGCUCACUUCCAACUUCAUGGCGCCAUUGGCGGCUGAUGCAGCAGAUUCAGCAACAGGGCCAGACGCCCUGAAGCUGUCAACGUUCAAGUCGCGACUCGACCAACAACAAAACUCAGCGGCACAGAAGUCCAAGGCCAAGCCCCGGGUCCGAGCCAUCCCCAACACGACAGCCCAACUCAUCGCCACCUCGUUCUUCUUCCCACUCACCGCCCGCUUCCAAUCCGCAGCGCGCUCGACAGCAGGCCGCACGCGCGGCAUCGUCUUCCAGCCCUUCCUGCUGUCGCUCUACGUCAAGACGCUGGCGCUGCUCCUCCACGCCGCGGGGCCGAGCACACUGUCGCUGCCGGACAUGACGGCGGAGCUGUGGGAGCUGCUGCUGGGGAGCAGCGUGCGUGCGCACGCCGUCGGGGACCUGGGCGUCACGCACGCGGUCCUGUUUGCGCUUCUGACGCUGCUGGAGGUCAACGGGGACAGGAUGCGGGACAUCUGUCAGGGCAUGCCGAGGGAGGUCGUCGAGACGCAGGAGUGGGUUGCCCAAAUAUUCAGCGGUAUCAGGGGGGAGGACGGAGGGGAGGACGGAGGGGAGGAAAAUGAUGUCAAGAUGCUGGCUGCGGGUGUUCUGAUCAGGAUCAGGGAGGGCAUGGACAUGCAUAGAGCGCUGCUGAUGGGCGAGAUGAUCGGUUGA